AUGGCCUUGAAAAGACGUCAUAAGUUUGAAUACUUGACUGAAGAGAUACCUAAGCCCAUUCCAAAAGACCCUCAGGAGCGGAUCUGGAAGGGAGAAGACUCGUUGUUGAGAUCUGUUCUGAUUAACAGUAUGGAACCUCAGAUUGGCAGACCGUUACUCUAUGCUGCAACUACCAAGGAUAUUUGGGACGUUGUUCAACAAUUUUAUUCAAAGAGGCAGAAUGCAUCCCGACUCUAUACGUUACGAAAACAGGCACAUGAAUCACAGUAUGCAAAAAUUGAAGAAGCAGAUCGUGUCUAUGACUUCCUGGCCAUACUAAAUUUGAAGUUUGAUGCCAUUCGGAGUCGGAUUCUGGGGCAACGCCCUACUCCCUCUCUCAUGGAAGUUUGCUCAGGAAUACGCCUAGAGGAAGAUAGAUCAAUUGAAAGGAAUAACCCAGUCAUUACCUCUACUGAUGCUUUUGCCACUAAGUCCUCCAGCAUUAACAGCGAUAAAAGGCCCACUCCGGUCCGUGAGCAUUGUAAAAAGUUAUGGCAUACAAAGGACCAGUGUUGGAAGCUACAUGGACGGCCCCCAAACAGUAAACAUCGCCAGCCACAUGACAAAUCAAUAUCUGGACAGGCCCUUGUGAGUGACUUGAUAAAUAAGAAUCCUCAGCAGCAACCCUCAACAGAUAGUACGACCAGCCUGAGUACGAUUGGAGUCAGUGCCAUCGCCCAGUCAGGAAAUAUCUAG